UUAGUUUCUAUUUUUAAGACUUAAUCAACGCACUGCUCCUGGCACUCUGCUUGCACUGCUCCUGGAGAAGCUUCCUUACGUUUCACUGACAUGGCGAAUCACGUCGAUGUCGAAAUCCAGGACCGUCAGACCCAGGUGCCACUGUGUGAUUUGGGCUUCGGCCCACUCUCCUGCUUUGUGACGAUGAAACCCUUCUCCUGUGACUACCUGACGCCCAUCAAGACUCCAUCGCGCCCCCACUCGGUGCAAAACCCGCCGCCAGACGAGUGGCGAGGCGCUCCAAUCUGGGAAGAGACAGAGACCAAGACAGAUCCCCCAAGUUUCGUUCCGACGACGAAGCCGAAAGCUGCGAACACCGCGGCGAACUCUGCGCACCCUGGCGCUGCGAACUCCGCCCUGGGAUCUCCCAAGCUCUUGACGACCGAUGUGACCUCCAUGCAAAGCUUCAGCAGCGGUGGAAGUUCCCCAACGCGGCGGCCCAAGAGAACGUCUCCGAAAGCCAAGACGAUGAGCCUCCCAAAACCGGCGCAGGUUUUGAGCACCUCCAGGUACAGUCAGGACUUUCCCGACGAGUCCAAGCCACGUGCCACCAAGUUCCAAAGCGACGAGGAGGACAAGCAGCGUUUGCUGGACGCCUGGGCUUCGGGGCGACUCAUCGAGGCGAAUCGCUUGGUGCAGAAGUCCAUCACGUCGGGUCGUCGGUAUCACCUGAAGGUGAAGGACGUGGUGGACUUGGAAGUGGUGCAGCGCGUGGGAGAACACUAUGCCCAUUCGUUGGACGAGCUGGUCCAACAGUCCGGCGCUGGAUGGAUGAAGGACCGAGACGAGACCCAAGAUCUUGAUAUGGCUUUCAGACUCUCCAAUGACUUGCUGCAAGCUGUGGCCAGCACCGUCUGCACGGGUUGUGACAUCGUCCAAGCAUUGGAUGGCCUGCUGGAAUAUGUGCAGCAGCAUGAACACAAUGACGAUCUGGAGGUUCAGCAGCUGAACAACGAGCUGGAGCAGGACAGCCUCCUUCGUGUCUUCCGGUCUGGCCAUGGCCGCACUGAAGACAACAUCCUCCACUGCAGCUGGUUGGAUGCCUUGGACGAGCCCUUGGGUGCGUUAUGGCUCUCGAGCUACAACUUCCAACACAAUCGUCCCAAGUUCCGCGGCGUGCGCUUGCCACAGCCCAGAUCGGGUGCUGUGCGCUUGUCGUUUUGGCGAAGCUCCUUUACGAUCGCUCCUCAUGCGAAGCGGGGCACGCGGGCAGUGCGGGUCACCUAUGCCCUGGCGCGCAGACCCUCGUCAGCUGCCUGCAUCUUCCCAAGCAUCAUGCAUCGCGAGGUGGGCAGGAUGUUGACCAGAUUCAAGCAGUUCCUCCAGACGCGCGAGCUCUCGGGUUCCCCCGACAGCUCCGAGCAGCGCAGCGCCAAGAUCUACGAGUGCAUUCGAAGGCAUGUGGUGGAGUGUGCAGCAAAGAGAAGUCGCGAAAUCCAAGAGGUCUCCUUCCAGGAGCUGGCAUCGUUCUUGCCGGAAGACUGGGCUGAUUACCAUGAUCCGGUUCAUGUUAAUGACCAUGACCUGAUACAGGUCGGCUCGCUUGAUUGACAA